CCCCGUAAUCUUCCCAUUACAGUACUCCUCCACCCACACCACUAUGCUUUCCGCAGCAGCCAAAGCGUCAGCUAGGUCCAUCGUAGCCCGGAACGCGGCCCGGAGGGCAGCCGUCACGCCCAUACGCGCCUUCGGCGUAACUUCGCGUAGGCUAGGGGGCGCGAAAGUAGACUUGUCCGCGUCUCCUAUCGCUCCUCUCGGUAUCGAGGCUGCCAUUGAAGCUGAGAAGGAUCCAAACUUCAAGCCUACACCUAAGAUCUUUGACGAGUUCGCGCUCAACGACCGCGUUGCUGUCGUUAGCGGAGGCAAUCGCGGACUUGGACUAGAGAUGGGCCUUGCUCUUGCAGAGGCCGGUGCUCGCGCGGUCUAUUGCUUGGACCUUGCCAAGGAGGCCAGUGAGGAGUUCCAGGCUUGUAAGGACUACGUCGCGAAACUCGGGAAUGGAUCGCGACUCGAGUACGUUAGCGCGGAUGUGCGUGACCAGAAGAGUAUGUGGGAAAAGGUCGAGAAGAUUGCAGACAAGGAGGGCCGGAUGGAUAUCGGCGUUGCCGCCGCUGGUAUUCUCAAGAACCACACAGACUGUUUGACAUAUCCUGCGGAGCAGUUCCAGGAGGUGAUGGACGUCAACACCAACGGGGUUCUGUACACUGCUCAGGCCAUCGGCAGGCAAAUUGAACGCUUUGGCAACGCUGGCAGUCUCGUCCUCGUCGCUUCAAUGAGCGGGAGCAUCACGAACAGGGAUCACGCUUGGGUAUCUUACAACACGAGCAAGUCGGCGGUCCUACAGAUGGCACGCAGCAUGGCCUGCGAGCUCGGACCGAAGAACAUCCGUGUGAAUACGCUCUCCCCUGGACACAUUUACACCACUAUGACGGCAGCGUACCUGGACAAGCAGCCACACCUGCGGGAAAAGUGGUCGAGCUCGAACCCGCUUGGACGGCUUGGAAGGCCGAACGAGCUGCGUGGUGUGGUGACCUGGCUCGCGUCUGACGCGUCGAGUUUCUGCACGGGAAGCGACAUUCUUGUGAGUGGAGGACAUCACGCCUGGUAAACUGGAGGAAGCGUCUUUUUUCUUGAUUUUGGGGGUUUAAAUGAUGUUAUUAUGUGUGCGCAAUGAUUUCCUCUGUUUUCAAACGGUGUAUAAGUAGAGAUUGCAUCUUUGGUGUACAUAGAACAUGCAAAUGUGGCAUAG